AACGCCUGGGUGGCGCGCCAAGGCGUCGCUGCCUGCCUCCGACAAUCUUCAUUUCUGCUCGACACAACCAAGGUCUGGCGGAGAGGCCUUGCCCUUUGCAACGCCUCGCCGGUUUACAUCGACAAGAUGUCAGAUCCGGUCAUGCUGCAGUCCGCUGUGCGCGUGCCGACUCCCCCACCAGGGACGUCGUACUCGCCGCAGCCUUCAGGCGCGCGCAAGCGAUCACCUCCAUCUCGCUCACCGUCUCCAGACCGUCGACGGUCGCCUCCGACAGGGGAUUCACGUGAUACUGCGGAUGUUCCUCAUAUCGACUCAGAUCGCGCGCUGGAGAGAGAGCGUCAGCUGGCAGAGCGGCUCCGCCAGCAUGAGAAGAAGGAAGCACCUCGCAAACCGCUGACGGAGGAGGAAAAGCAGGCAGCGGCCAAGGCUGAAUACGAGAGAUUGAUGAACAUGCGAUCUGGUGGCACUUAUAUUCCUCCGGCUCGUCUGCGCGCUCUGCAGGCUCAGAUCACCGACAAGUCCAGCAAGGAAUAUCAGCGGAUGGCAUGGGAGGCGCUGAAGAAGUCGAUCAACGGUCUGAUCAACAAGGUCAAUGUCUCCAACAUCAAGCACAUCGUGCCAGAACUUUUCGGCGAGAACCUGAUUCGCGGGCGAGGCCUCUUCUGCCGGAGCAUUAUGAAGGCACAAGCUGCGAGUUUGCCGUUUACGCCGAUUUACGCCGCGCUGGCUGCCAUUGUCAACACGAAGCUGCCUCAGGUUGGCGAACUCCUGAUCAACCGGUUGAUUGUCCAGUUUCGAAAGGCUUUCAAGAGGAACGACAAGGCGGUUUGUAUAUCAUCCACCACGUUCAUCGCACACCUGUGCAAUCAACAGGUUGUCCACGAGAUGCUACCGGCCCAGAUGCUGCUGCUUUUACUCCACAAGCCCACAGAUGACAGCGUUGAAAUCGCCGUUGGCCUUACGAGAGAGGUUGGGCAGCAUUUAGAGGAGAUGAGCGGCCCUAUUGCCCUGGCCGUGUUUGAUCAAUUUAGAAACAUUCUGCACGAGGCCGAUAUCGACAAGAGGGUGCAGUACAUGAUUGAGGUCUUGUUUCAGGUUCGCAAGGACCGGUGGAAGGAUAACCCCGCAAUUCGUGAGGAGCUCGAUCUCAUCGAAGAAGAGGAUCAAAUCACCCAUCGCAUUGGCCUCGACGAUGAAAUCGACCCCCAGGAAGGCCUCAAUGUCUUCAAGUACGACCCACAAUGGGAGGAGCACGAGGAGGCGUACAAGAAAUUGAAGGCGGAGAUCCUCGGAGAAGGGAGCGAGUACGAGGACGAGGACGAGUCUGACGAAAGCUCUGAAGAGUCCGAAGCGGAGGAAGACCGGCUGAUGGACAUCAAAGACCAGAGCAACACGGAUCUGGUCAAUCUUCGGCGGACGAUAUACUUGACGAUCAUGUCGAGUAUGGAUUUUGAAGAAUGUUGCCACAAGUUGAUGAAGAUCUCCCUUCCUCCUGGCAAGGAACCGGAGCUGCCUUCCAUGAUUAUCGAAUGUUGCUCGCAAGAACGGACGUAUUCCAAGUUCUAUGGCUUGAUCGGAGAGAGGUUUGCGAAGCUCAACCGUCUCUGGUGUGACCUGUUCGAGGAGUCCUUUGCGAAAUACUAUGAUACCAUUCACCGCUACGAAACCAACCGGCUGCGCAACAUUGCGCGCUUCUUUGGCCACAUACUGAGCACUGACGCGAUUGGGUGGCAUGUGCUCUCCAUCAUCCACCUGAACGAGGACGAGACGACUUCGAGCAGUCGUAUUUUCAUUAAGAUCCUGUUCCAGGAUCUCGCAGAGCAUCUCGGCUUGCCGAAGCUGAGGGAACGGCUGAAUGAUCCGAUCCUUCGGCCCAGCUUUGACGGUAUUUUCCCGAUGGACAACCCGCGCAAUACGCGGUUCUCCAUCAACUACUUCACCAGUAUCGGAAUGGGUCUUCUCACGGAGGAAAUGCGCGAGCAUCUCAAGAACCUUCCCAAGCCGACCAUCCCCACCUUGCCUGCGGCGAGGGACGAGUCCGAUGCGGAAUCGGUCAGUUCUUACUCAAGCUAUUCCAGCUACUCCUCCUACACUGGUUCCUCUCGAUCGUACUCUCGUUCUCGUUCGCCGUCUCGUGAUCGGUCCGUCAGUCGUGGGAGAUCAUACACACCGUCUCGUUCCGCGAGUAGAUCGACUCGUUCACGGAGCUAUAGUUAUACCCCGUCUCGGUCGCCGACACCGGACGGGCGGUCCCGUCGACGUGCCGCUUCAUACAGCCGGUCGCCGACGCCGCCUCGUCGACGAGGACGAUCGGAGUCAUACACGCCACCACCGAGGGAUGGUCGCCGACGUGCUGCUUCGUACAGCCGG